AUGACAUCAAAUGAAAACUUUGAUGAUUACAGUCCUAGCUUUGAUCCUUUCGAUUACACCGAAUUUGAUGAAAUGCAUGAAAACCAUGUAUUACAAAAUCGACGCAUUGACUCCAUGAUCGAUGACGUGGCUUUUCAGAUUCCAACUCUAUCUUUACAACCUACAAACAACACUGAUAGAGCACCACGACGAUUUAUUGAACGUCGUCGUGAGCAAGGCCAUGAAGGUGUGUUCGAGCAAUACUUUUCAAAUGAUCCAAUCUACACUCCUGAAGUUUUCCGAACAAGGUUUCGCAUGCGAAAGCCAUUAUUCGAAAGAAUAAUGAACAAACUCGUUGCCACAGACAAAUUUUUCCAACAAAAACGUGAUGCGACUGGUCGUUUAGGUAUGUCUUCAAUUCAAAAGUGUACUGCAGCGAUGAGAGUAUUGGCAUACGGAACAGGAGCAGACUUGCACGAUGAAUACAUUAGGAUGAGCGCACAAACUAUAAGAAAAUCAGUUGAAAAAUUCGUGCAAGGUGUUGUUCACAACUUCGGUGGGGAGUACCUCAGAAGGCCAACCGAAGAAGAUCUUGCUUAUCUAUUGUAUGUUGGUGCUCAACGCGGUUUUCCUGGUAUGCUUGGUAGUAUUGAUUGCAUGCAUUGGGAAUGGAAAAAUUGCCCUACUGCUUGGGCUGGCCAAUAUACAGGAAGAAGCGGUAAGACAACAAUAAUCUUGGAAGCAAUCGCAUCUCAAGAUUUAUGGAUCUGGCACGCAUUUUUUGGAACUCCAGGUUCGAGAAAUGAUAUCAACGUGCUUCACCAAUCGCCUGUUUUCUCAGAUAUAUUGGAAGGUCGAGCACCAAAGGUUAGUUAUGUGAUAAAUGGCCAUGAAAAAGAUAUGGGAUAUUAUCUCACUGGUGGUAUAUAUCCUUCAUGGGCAGCAUUUGUCAAAUCUGUUAAUGGUCCACAAACUCGAAAACAUCAACUGUUUGCUCAACAUCAAGAGGCUGCUCGAAAAGAUGUUGAGCGAGCAUUUGGAGUUUUACAAGCUCGUUUCAAUUUUAUCAAACGCCCAUGUCUCAUGUGGGAUCGUGAUAUGAUGGGAAAAGUAAUGCUUGCUUGCAUCAUUAUGCACAAUAUGAUAGUGGAAGACGAGCGGCAUACUUACUUAAAUUACUGUGAUCCAACAGAAUUUAUGGAAGUUAGAAGGUUUAAUAGCCAAAGUGGAGAUGUUGAAGCUAAUGAUGAUCCUAAUUUUGAAUUUUCCACGGAACGGAUUGCAAGUCUUGAAAGCUAUAUGAGGAACAGGACACAACUUCAUAACAGGGAAGCUCACAAUGCUCUUAAAAAUGACUUGAUCGAGCAUAUUUGGCAAAAGUUUGGCGAUGAUAAUUAA